AUGAAUCGGAUGUUGGUUCGACUAAAGCCGCCGCCGGCUAUCAUAGCUGCAUCGUUCGCCAUCAACAGAUCGACAACUUUGUUCCGACGACAGACGACAAAGGACUGCGUCAAGUUUACCGUGUCCUCGCAACGAUGCUACUCAGCGCCCGCAGAGUCCAACGGCCCACUGAAAGGGAUUCGUGUGUUGGACUUCAGCCGCAUUCUAGCCGCGCCAUUUUGUACACAAAUCCUGGCAGACUAUGGCGCCGACGUGAUCAAGAUCGAGCAGCCUAGCCUAGGGGAUGAGACUCGCUCCUGGAAGACCAAAGCCGAAGCAGCGAUCUGGAAAGAAAAUGUAGGGCCCAUGAGCAUGUACUUCGCCUCCGUGAAUCGCAACAAGCGUAGUUUGACGCUGGACUUGAAGCAACCGGAAGCACUGACGAUUGUCAAGAAGCUUGCGGAGAAGUCAGACAUCGUAAUUGAAAACUUCAUUCCGGGUGGAGCUGACAAGCUUGGUAUUGGAUAUGCGGCCUUGUCGAAGGUCAACCCGAGGCUUAUCUAUGCCUCGAUAUCUGGCUAUGGCGCAAGUGGUCCGUACGCAAAGCGAGCAGGCUACGAUGCCAUUGCAGCAGCGGAAGGUGGGCUCAUGCAUGUCACUGGUCACCCUGAUGGUGGGCCAGUCCGGCCCGGUCUUGGCAUGACCGACAUGAGCACCGGACUGUAUACCCAUGGAGCGAUCAUGGCUGCUCUGUAUGGUCGAGAGAAGACCGGUCGUGGUCAGUAUAUUUCUGCUUCGUUGUUCGAGACACAACUUAGUCUGCUGAUCAACAUCGGUGCCAACUGGCUGAAUAUGGGUGUUGAUGGAAAGCGAUAUGGUGCUGCUCAUCCGAGUAUCGUGCCAUACAACACCUGGCGAUGUAGGGACGGUGUCUGGCUCGCUCUAGCCGCGAACAAUGACCGCCAAUUCCUGAAGCUGUGCCAACUGAUCGACCGAGAAGAUCUGCCAAGAGAUGAACGUUUCGCGGUGAAUGCGCAGCGAGUAGAACAUAGGCCACUAAUGGAUGAGAUCUUCGAUACAGUCUUUGCUUCCAAGACCUCAGAGGAGUGGCUCAAGCUUCUGGAUGGCAGCGGCUUGGCGCAUGGUCCAGUGAAUAGUAUUCAGAAAGCCUUCGAGCACCCGCAAACUGAAGCUCGCGAUAUGGUGGGAGAUUUGGAGUGGGAUGCUUUGAAGAGCGGCCAGUGGAAGGCGAUUGGACCUGCGAUCAAGUUCAGUGAUACCAAAGCUGAGAUUCAGCAGAGGCCACCAGCGCUUGGCGAGCACACCGGUGAUGUUCUCCAGGAGAUUGGCUAUACAGAAAAGGAUGUCGAGCAAUUGCGGACCAAAGGUGCGAUCUGA